CCUGUCACUAAAAACAGACAUCUCGAUUUCGGAAUAAGUAUAUAAAUUAAAUUUUAAGUUCUAUAAUGAACUCGAUUUCCAGAUAAUUUAAAUUUUAAGUGCUAAAACAAUGAAUAAGAAAACAAGAAAACCUGAUCUGAACGAUAGGAAACUCGAUAAAACAGUUAAGGACAGAGGUGAUAAUCAACUUAAACAGGACAAUCCUAUGUUUAGUGAUGAAACCGCAAAACCCUUUUCCGAGAGAGGUGAUGCAGAAAAAAUAAAGAACGAUGGUAAUAAACUAGUGGAUAUUAAAAAAAUUGAUAAAGGAAAGCAGAUGCAUGCCAGUAUUAAUGAUAAAAAUACACAUGAUAAAAAACUAGAUGAUACUAGUUCAAAAUUCAAACAACGCCACCUAAAUCAAACUGCAAAUGAAAAGGAUGUUAAGAAAAUCGAUAAUAGAGUACAAUAUCAGUUGCAAUCGGGAUUUAAUGAUAAAAAUAAAAUAUACGAUACGAAACAAGACGAAACUAGAUCAAAAUAUAACGGACGCAAUGUAAAUCUUAAAACUGUUAAUGAAAGAGGUGUUAUGAAGAAAACUGUUAAUAAAGAACAAAAUCAGAUGAGUCCAGUUGCUGAAGAAAGGCGAAUUAUUAAAGAUAAUUAUUCUUUUAAUAAUAAUAAUAGAACAACAAAUAAUUCAAAUAUGAAUAACAAAAACGAUGUAACUAAAUCCAAUAUUGGGAGACAGGCGAAUAGUGAAUUAAAAAAUGAUCAAACUUCAAAAAAAAUUUACGACCAUAAAGACAAGAAUGACGCGUCAGACGUUUCUAGAAGAUCCGAAAGUAUUAAGCAAGACAAAGAUGCAACUAAACAAAAAAGACCAAUAGUAAAGACGACAAUAUCAAAAAAUGACGCAACAAAAGUAUACAAAGCGGUUACGUUCACAGAUCAGAGAAAACAGAAAUCUAUGGCAAUACAAAUAAACAUUCCUAAUGAAGUACAGAAACCUAAGAAUAUGGUGGAACCAAUGAAAACAUCAUUAAGCCGAGUGAGUAUAAAAGAGAAAUCAUCACGGAGGAAGACAAGUCACAAAAAGAGGGAGAAGAAAUUAAAACACUCGAAUUCUCCGGACCUUUCUUCGAGAAUUCGAUCACCACCUACUGGAGUAGCCAAAUGGGCACCUAGCUGUAUUAAUAGUCACACUAAACAAUAUUAUGAAGCGUGGGUAGAUACAACUUUAGCAGCUAUAACUAAACAAUCAAGGAGAGAUAAAUUGUUUUUGGAAAAUAAACGUUUCAUUGAGGCGCUUCAAAGAGCGUUGGCUGAACGGCCCAUUAGUCCUGAUUUGGAUUACGAAAAUCUCAACGAUGAGAGGUAUAUAGGAAGAAUUAAAGUUAGGCAGAGAUAG